AUGAUGAAUCCCAGCCAAGAUAAACAGCAACAGCAGCACCAACAGCAGUAUCAUCAUCAUAAUCCGUCGUCGUCGUCGUCGUCGUCGUCCAGGAUUACCAGUGUGUACCAGGUCACGACGCCCAAGUCUCCGCAGGACCUCGAAAACAGCAUGGACGUGCCCUACAAAAUGGACGCCGCCACCGGCGAUGCGGACAGGGACAGCGAAAACACCCAGCGGUUGAAGUACRAGUGUGCCAAGCGGGAAAUCCUGAGCGCUCUGAACCUGCACAUUAUGCUUAACCACAAGCACGUUAGUCGGCUGCACAGGAACGUCCAGAAGGUCGACGCCAAGUUGGUUCUUCUGGAAACGCUGCAUGACGAUACCGGUUUGCUGGGCAAAAUCGAGCAAACGUACCAACUGAAGAUAAAGCAGCACCAGCAACAUAUCGGCUUCAACAACAACAACAACAACAGCAUCAGCAUAGAAAAUAUAAACGCAUCCACGGACUUUGGCGCCUCAUAUCCCGUGCUGUCCGACUACAACAUCAACUGCCAGCCCCUGUCUUCCAGCAGCAACGCUACGCUGUCGGCACCACACAUGGCCUCCCACCACUACCAGACCAGAAGCAAGAGCAACGGGUUCCUGCUUGAGCCCUCCGUCCUGCGUCCGGCAAACUCGAACAUAAUAGACUACAGGAUCACCGGCUCCAAGUCCAUAGCGCAUGCCACGGCCAAGCCUGCCGACGUGUCCUCGCCCCGCUCCUCCUCCAUUUCCCCCACGGACGAGCAACCCGGGUUCCAAAUACUCCCCUUCAAGCCAAGCCAGAUGCACCUGAACCACAGGCGCAACUACAGCAGCACCUGCUUGACCAGCAACAGCGGCGUCAUCGGUAAAACGGAGGACAACGAGCCCAUCUUCAGAAGAUACGACGGGAUCCUGAUAAUAAUAACGUGCUCCAAGUGCGACCGCUCCGGCUUCACCUCCGCGCAGGGCAUUGUCAACCAUACCCGUCUAAAGCACUCCAAACUGUACUCAAGCCAGCCCCUGGCGGUCCUGAACAACCAAAAACUGCUGCCCGACGACAAGCAGGACCCGAAAAUCCUGUCCAGCUUCAAGGAGUUGGGCUUAGACCCAAACAAAGACUACCUGCCCUCUGAGAUCGCCAUACCGAAACCGCAAUCACCAAUCAGCACCUCAGACAACCAUGCGCGGGCCCACAAGUCUGUCAAGGACAUCCCGCACCUGGAAAAACUAUACCAGAAUAAGGACGAUUUCAAAAAAUUGAUCGAUAUGGUCAAUGAGACGCCGAAUGACUUGAAAGAGUUCUUGAAUCAGCGCGAAAUGCAGCUGAAAGAACAGGGCGAGGACGAGGACGAGGAAGAACGAGAAGAUGACUCUUCUAGAACUGAUAACGAAGCUUCGUACGUGCCAUCGCCAUCCCUCUCGGCAACAGCGACCACAACAACAACAACAACAACAACAACAGACCCGCCCUCCCCACCGGUAUUGUCCUCUUCGUUGCAAAGAAAACUUUUGCGUAAAAGAAGACUGGACGUGGAUACUGCCACUACUACUGGAGAUUUGCCCUUAAGAGAAAGGCUGAGACCAAGCCCCACCGAUAAGAAGCCAAGAAAGGCCACUCUUUUGAUGAACAAAGAUGCUAGCAGUGCGGGAAGGCCUUCGUCCUACUACAACCUCAGGUCAAAAUCAAGGCUUCGCGGGUCCCAUACAUAG